GUUUAUGUAGGGACAGUUAUAGGGAUAUUUUAUAUAGUUUAUAUAGUCUUAUUUGACAACUACAAAAUAAUUUGGUUGUCAAAGUUAUUGAUCUGUGGACUGCUUAAACUGAGUCACAGAUGAACUACCUAUGCCCCUUUGGGAAUGUUGCUUGCACCUCAAUAAUAGCUACCUAUAAUAGGUUUUUUCUCAUCUGGGUACUAGGUCAUGAGGAUAUUGCUGACAAUGUAAAUGUUGAUUUAAUGGCCAAACAGGAUGCUUCAUAUCCCUUUGUUGGUUAGAAUCAACUCUGUAUUUCUUAUAUUUCAUUUAGAGCUGUUAAAGAUUGGACUACCUCCAAUCUUUCUAAGUAAUGGAGGUUAAUUCCUGGUUCAAAGCAGAGCAAGAUUUUUUGCAUAGCCUGCUCUCUGAUUGAAAUAUAGAUGUUUUGUCUUUUGACUGUUAAUCAGAAUCAGGUUCACUUUUUGGUCAGUGUUGUGACUAGUUUUGAUCACUUUUAUAAACAUUUGUGCUGACUGAAACUUUCUUCUUCAGCCUCUUGUUGCUUUUAUGGAUCUACUGAAGAGACUCCUCUGCAUCUCAUUUGAAUAUGCAACUCUUUACUCAGAUAGACUUGUCUAUCUGGACUACACUUUAUUGAGCCUUGAUAAAUUCCUUCAGAAGUUUUCUGUCUUUUUUGUUAGAGAUCAGAGUUUUAAAAUAACCUCUCAUGGGUACACAAAUGGAUUUUUUCAGUUGAGGUGUGUUCCUUACUGGCCCAUUUUACAAUAAUGAUAACCUAUGUUUCAUUAACAUAUAUACAAAGUUGAACUAGACAUAGUAUAGUUAAUCUAACGAAGUAAGCAAUAUAUCUUUAAUUAACAUUGGGUAAGGCUGGAGAAACACUAAUGUUUUCAACCUGGUUAAUAAAUAAAUUAACUAGAAUAGAUUCCAAAUUAGAAAUAAAAAAAAUUGAAAAGAAUGGUAAAUACAAAAUGCCUUUGAUAACACUUUAAUUGAAAGACCAUUGUUGAAUAUAUAGUAAUCUAUGUAGUGAUGAAAUAAUCAAGAGGCAUAAAAUGAUAUUUUGUAAAACAAGUGAAAUUUAACAUUCUAAAUAAAGUUCUGAAGAAAUGAAGAGUAGACAGUAUUGGAUGAGAAAUAUGGGUGAUUAUUUCUUUGGAUGGAAUUUUGAAGAGAGAAAAACAUGGUCUAGCUGCAUUUUAAGUGGAUGACAACAUAUGCUUGAUGGCCAUGGAUAAUGAACAACCUCAUCAGGAACUUGUCAAAUGUGUGGUGGUGGGUGAUACUGCUGUUGGGAAGACAAGGCUAAUUUGUGCUCGAGCAUGUGACACCCGGUUUACUCUUAGUCAAUUAAUGACAACUCACAUACCAACAGUAUGGGCUAUUGAUCAAUAUAGAAUAUACAAAGAUGUACUUGAAAGAUCUUGGGAAGUUGUAGAUAAUGUGAAUGUUUCUCUUCGUUUAUGGGAUACAUUUGGAGAUCAUGAGAAAGAUAGAAGAUUUGCUUAUGGCAGAUCAGAUGUGGUACUGUUGUGUUUUUCAAUUGCAAAUCCUACUUCGUUACGAAAUUGUAAGGUGGUUUGGUAUCCUGAAAUACGAAGAUUUUGUCCCAAUACUCCAAUUGUUCUUGUGGGCUGUAAAAAUGAUCUACGUUAUAUGUAUCGAGAUGAACAGUUCCUUAGUCUUUGUCGGGAUAGGAGUCCAUUUUUCAGGGGAAACCAUCCAUGUGUGUCCAGCAGGUUUCCUGAAUUUGGAAGACCACUUCGUGAAAAUGAUAUAUUGUCACCUGAGCAAGGUAGAAGUGUUGCCAAAGAAAUUGGUGCUCCCUAUUAUGAAACAAGUGUUUUGACUCAUUUUGGUGUUGGAGAAGUUUUUGAAAAUGUUGUUAGAGCUGCUCUUCUUGCUCGAAGACAACAGCGAUUUUGGAUGACUAAUCUGAAACAUGUGCAACGUCCGCUAAUUCAGGUACCUUUUUGUCCACCACAACCACCACCACCAGAAUUAUCUGUGCCACCUUCACAGUUUGAAGAAGAUAUGUUUGCCUUGUUUCAAAGUCAAAUCUAUACAGAUGUCAUUUUCUUAGCUGGUAAAGUUGGUUUCUCUGCUCAUAAGGCAGUGCUGGCCGCUGUCUGUAAUACUUUCUAUAAAUUGUUUACUAUGGAUCUGUCAUCUGAAAUACUUUCUGGAUGUCGAAGUACCAGUGAUUCUAGUAUGAUUAGCACACUAGAAGCAUCAGUAGGAAGCUUCAAUGCUGAUACAGAACAAUUAAUAUGUGAAAGUACGCCAACAACCACCCGUGCCUCUUUUCGUUUACCACGCAAUCAUCAUCAUACAAGUAAUACCACAAAUAACAAUAGCAAUUCAACUGGCAGUGCGAUGGCUGCUAGUAUUGUUCGUCGUCGUUCUAGUUGCCAGAUACACCCUGAAACAACCACUGCCGCAGCUAUGGGUGCCACUCUUGGCAGAGCUGGCAUUCAGCGCAAUCUUAAUCAUCUAGCAUUCCAGUCUAUUAGUUUAGAACAAUGUGAAGGUAUAGAUCAUCGUGGAAAAAUGACGUCAUCUGCACAGACAGUUGUUACAAUUUCUAAAUUAAUCAUACCAGCUGCUCUCCAACAAACUCUAAGAUAUCUAUACACAGGUAUCUUAGAUACAAAGUCUUUAGUAAAUUUGCCUGAAUUGAUGGUAGCUGCAGAAUACAUGGAUAUACCAGAAUUACAAACCUUUUUAACUAAUCUACAGCGAAGGGAAGAAUUUCUGAAUGUGGAGUUACAAAAAAAGUUCCUAUUGAAAGCUCAGACACAUUUACGAUUGUUUUGCUUAGAACAAUCGUUGUUUUCAGAUGUUGUAUUCCAGUUGGAUGAUGGUUUAUGUUCAGCUCAUAGGCCACUUCUAAUGGCUCGUUGUGAUAUGAUGGCUGCCAUGUUUCGUGGUGAUUUUCGAGAAAGUUCAGCUAAAGUGGUACACUUCCCAGGUGUUGCUAAAGACUGUUUUUAUCAGCUGCUGGUUUAUCUCUAUACUGAUAACAUUGAUGCAUCUGUCACACCAAAUAACUGUUUAGAUUUAUUAGAAUUAGCAAAUCGGCUCUGUUUACCACGAUUAGUAGCAUUGGUCGAAAAACAUAUUGUAUUUGAAUUGAUGAAAAUGACUGAAACAGGAAUUGAUACCACUGAACAUACCUUGAGAUUACUCGAGCCUUGUCAGAUGCAUAAUGCUGAUCAGUUGGCAGAUUGGUGUCUCUACCAUAUUGCCGUUAAUUACAACGAUAUUUGUCGAAAAACACCAAAACUCUUAAGAAACCUCCAUCCUGAGAAUCAAGCAUAUUUGAACAGAAAUCGCUGGCCUCCUAUUUGGUGAAUAUUAAACAAAAUAUAACAGUAUUUAUCUUUAAGCAAUUUAAUAAUAAAAUGAAAAACUA